GCCGCGCGCUUCCCGCCGGCUUCCGGCAGCGGGCGGAAGCGGCGCGGGGCGCGGCGGGGCUGUCAUGGAGCACUGAGCGCCCGCGCCGGCGGCCCGCAGCGCCAUGGAGACGGUGCAGCUGCGCAACCCGCGCCGGCAGCUGAAGAAGUUAGAUGAAGACAGUUUGACCAAACAACCUGAAGAAGUAUUUGAUGUAUUGGAGAAGCUUGGAGAAGGUUCCUAUGGCAGUGUGUUCAAAGCUAUUCAUAAAGAAACAGGUCAAGUUGUUGCAAUUAAACAAGUUCCUGUGGAAUCUGACCUGCAGGAGAUAAUAAAGGAAAUAUCCAUAAUGCAGCAAUGUGACAGUCCUCACGUGGUCAAAUAUUAUGGCAGCUAUUUUAAGAACACAGACCUGUGGAUAGUCAUGGAAUACUGCGGUGCUGGAUCAGUGUCUGAUAUUAUUCGAUUACGAAAUAAAACCCUCACAGAAGAGGAAAUUGCUACAAUAGUGCAAUCAACACUCAAAGGAUUAGAGUACCUGCAUUUUAUGAGGAAAAUACACAGGGAUAUCAAAGCUGGAAAUAUAUUGCUAAAUACAGAAGGACAUGCUAAACUUGCAGAUUUUGGAGUGGCAGGACAACUUACAGAUACCAUGGCAAAACGGAACACAGUUAUAGGGACCCCAUUUUGGAUGGCUCCAGAAGUGAUUCAAGAAAUUGGGUAUAAUUGUGUUGCAGACAUCUGGUCUCUGGGAAUCACUGCAAUAGAAAUGGCUGAAGGCAAACCACCAUAUGCUGAUAUUCAUCCUAUGAGGGCAAUUUUCAUGAUUCCCACCAAUCCACCUCCGACGUUUCGGAAACCAGAACUCUGGUCAGACAAUUUCACGGACUUUGUAAAACAGUGUCUUGUUAAGAGCCCUGAGCAACGUGCCACUGCCACGCAGCUUCUACAGCAUCCGUUUGUUAAAAGUGCCAAAGGGGUGUCAAUUCUGCGAGAUUUGAUUAAUGAAGCAAUGGAUAUUAAGCUAAAACGUCAGGAAGCACAACAGCGUGAACUAGAUCAAGACGAUGAAGAAAAUUCGGAAGAAGAUGAAACUGAUUCAGGUACCAUGGUGAGGGCGAGUGGAGAUGAAACUGGUACCAUAAGAGCUGUCGGUACGCUGAGUGGCGGGGCCAACACUAUGAUAGAGCAUGAUGGCACCUUGGAAUCCCAGCUGGGUACAAUGGUGAUAAACACGGAAGAAGAGGAGGAAGAAGGCACCAUGAAAAGGAGGGAUGAAACGAUGCAGCCAGCCAAACCAUCAUUCCUUGAAUAUUUUGAGCAGAAGGAGAAGGAGAAUCAAAUCAAUAGCUUUGGGAAGAAUGUGUCUGGCCAGACAAAAAAUUCAUCUGAUUGGAAAGUACCACAGGAUGGAGACUACGAAUUUCUAAAGACGUGGAGUGUAGAUGAACUUCAGAGGAGGCUCUCGGCACUUGAUCCCAUGAUGGAGCAGGAGAUUGAAGAAAUCCGCCAGAAAUACCAAUCAAAGCGGCAGCCGAUCCUCGAUGCCAUCGAAGCUAAGAAACGGCGGCAGCAGAACUUUUGAGAACCGCCGGUAGAACCUUCUUCCAUCCUUAAACAAUCAGCUCCUUGCUUUUAUGACUACUAAACAGAUUGAUUUCUAUUGAAAUAUGCUAGCAAAAUAGAGGGCAAUACUUCUGCUCAUUUAUUUUUCCAUAGCACCUUUGUGAACUCAGGAAUGCCAUUGAGCGGAAAAUCCUGAUGGUAUAUUUUAUGUUAGACAAAUAUUUAAAACAUUGUUUCAAAGGAGUUUUGUUACUGUUUUUAGGUGGAUUGUUUUUAAAACAGAGGAGCAGCUAGGAAUAGACUAAUGAAAGCUGGCUCACUCUCUUUUCAACAGAACUUUCAGUGGUCCAUUUUCUUUGUUUUAAGUUAAUAUGAAUUGUGGUAUUUAAUGGCUUUAUCUCUUGUGGUUUUUGUUUUUUUGAGAAUGCACAGACUCAAUUUCAAGCUGUUAACUCUGUCUUUCUACUGUUAAGGUACUGAUAAGUUUUAGGUCACUGAAGAGAGUAGGUGAGAACAUGUACAAACUGUUCCAGCCUUUUGAAAGAAACUUAAAUCGUUUGUUUUUUGGUUAAAGCCUGUAAUAAGCCCCAUGCCUUACACCAUUUGCUUUAAGCAAGUGUGGUUUCUUCAAGACCUCAGUUUUGUCCUUUUUUUGUGUACUUUAUAAAUUAAUACUAGCAGAUAAAGUAUGUUGUGCCUCUGUCAGAAAUUAUAUUCUAUAAUUUAAAAUUCUCAUUUACUUAAAACCAAAAGCCAAUAGGUGAUCUGAUCUAAUACAAAGCAGAUUCCUUGCCAUCUGUCUCUUUGGAAAUUUCCUUCAGUGAGACCCUGCUGACUGUGGAGCACUGGAAGAAGUAUUGCAGUAUUACAAGGGGUGGAAGUUGUGUGACUCUCUCUCAGGAAUUAGGUACUUCUGCUCCGUGUGCAAGAGGACUUUUUUUUUAAACUCCACAGUUAGUGAAAGAGUUUGUAGGCUUCAUCAUUUCAAAUUUACAUCGUUAGGUGCUUGAAUAAAAACUUAAUUUCACAAUCCUUCACAUUUCGACAAGGUUUAGCACAUCAGAUAAGUUAAACUGAAAAGAAACAUUUCUUUAGUCAACAAAGGUGUGCAUUACGGGGUGGAAUGAAUGUGGAGUUGAUCUGGAUGAGAAGUCAGCUGCCAUCCCAUCUUCACCUGCUAGCAUAGUGAAAUUCAGCCUCUUCCAGCUUCUCUGGAUGCUCCCUGUGUUAUUUCUCUAUAAAACUCCCUGCCAUUUCUGCCCCAUAUAGCUGAAACAAUGAAAAUGCCCGUGAGUAUACAACUGAUGUGAGGCUGGUGCAGUUAACUCACACAGGCAGAAGGGAGAGCAGAACAGAAGAAGCAAAGAAGUGAGCUGAGUUGCAGGGCAGAGUGACCAAGUGAUGCCUCGGCUCUGUGGGCUGCAACAGCAGCAUCACGUAAUGUCGAAUUGGAAUUUUAGAUGUAUGUAGCGCAUGAUGAAAUGUUUGGCGAGAACAAGUCCUGCUACCGCUUUAUUUUCAUUUUGUUCUGAUAGAGUUUCCAUGUCAUUCUUCUGAAAUGGGCCUUGGUACGUCAGCCAGAUAAUUAAACUAAAUAGCAGCGUCUCCUGAAUCAAAUGGUGCUAGAGAGGAAAAGAGUUCAUUUCACGCCUCCGUAGGCUCUUGACUACCGUUAACAGGUAUACUCCACUGAUGUGAAAGGAACCAAGCCAUUUUUACCCCCUCUGAGUUUCUGAUUUGCAUGAGUUUGAUAUGUAGUGCUAACACAGCUGUUUUGUAGAUCAGCAAACCAGCUGUCCCUAAAAGAAAAGGGACGCAGCAAGCAGUGCAUCUAGGGUACUGAGGUAAGAAUACAUCCUGGGAUAAUCAGCUGUUUGAUAGCCUCAAGUAUUGAGAAGGUUUCAGAAGCACUUGCUUUCACAAUUCCAGCCAAGUAAUUAAAACCUUCAUUGUUGUUAGUAGACUAAAAUCCCUUAGCUAGGAGAGUCCAGCAGCUAAAUGUGCUGUGAAGUCUAGUGAAGUGCUGAAUAAGCAACGGGGCACAUACAGCACUUGCUUGGAAUCUGUGCAAUAUGUUUGGCCCUAAACAUUUGUUUAUAAUGAGCAAUAUUUCUGAGAGCCCUUUGCAUCAAAGAAACUCGCAGAACUUAGGAGGGAGUUUUCCGUUCAAGUACUGGAUCCUGAAUUAGUCACUUGGAUGGAUCUCACCCAACCUGUCUUUGGCUGGAGGCAAGCUAGGUCCUGCUCCAGCUUUCCCCGCUCUGGAGUGCGGCUCUGCUUGAUGGCGAAACCUGUGGUGGCUGGCAGGAGGCUGGACAGCUAAUGCCAGGCCAGGUGAAUCUCAGCCUUUAGAGUGAACAUGUUGUUGUCCCCCCAGUGUGAUAAAUGUAUGCAUAUGUGACAUGGCAAACUGUGUACACUGCUUGCACAUAAUGUGGGUCAAGCAGAUUCUGCCGGGAGUAGUUUUACCUCUGCGCUGUGUAGGUAACUUUAGUGAUCAGAGGGCAUUAGAAAACCCAAGUUUUAAGUAAAACACCACAGGGUGGUGUGUGUAUCUGGAAUAUGCAACCUGUGACUGCUGUAACUGAAUGUAAGCACUGUUGAAAUACUCUGCUUUGCUGAAGUGAUUGUCUUAAAAUAUAGCAAAUGAACCAAAAUAAGUAAAACUGGUCCAAUGGCUUAAUUGUCUUUGAACCUUUCUUAAACGCUUGCAAUAGUUGAGACUUGAUGAGAUUUGUUGCACUUGGAGCUCUGAUGCAGAGGAGUUUUUUCUCCUUCACUGACUUUCAAUCUCAAUUAGAAAAAAUGAUUUUCUUUUUGGUCCCUUUGUAGACUGGGGAGUGUAGUACCUGCUCUCUCCUUGGAGUCCUCUAGACUAAGACCAAGGCUCUUUGGAGUAAGUUUUUAAGCAGAAUGCUUGCUUAAUUAUGAAGCUGCAUUUGUGUGCUCCUUGAGUCCAUCUGCAUUGCAGAAAGUGUUCUGGACAAACCAUUAUCUUUGCUUCUGUAACCCAGAGAUACUGAUGAUGUCAGUCAUGUGAGACUUAGUAAUGUGAAGUUUGUAGCUUUAACUUUUUUGUAACAAAAAAAUUAGGAACACUGGCAUAAAGUGCUGACUUGAAAUGCUAUUUUGUAAGAUCUGGCUGUUUGUAUAUAAUAGUGUUGGGUCAUUAGUUUGUAUAUGUAUGAAAUAGUAACUUUUACUGCAUUCCUCUGAGUUUGAUACAGGAGAUUGUUUGAUCUUUCUCAAAUAUCUUGCCUUAUUUGUUUGAAAGGGCAAAUAAACUGUCCUUACUGAAA